AGAUUAAACAUUUUUUCAUAUUUUGUGGCCGUUUAUGCUUCCUCUCCUGUGUUGCAUUCCUAGUGUAUUCCCAAUACAUUUGGACCCAAUCAGCACAGCUCUGUAUAUGGCUGAGUUAGGGUAGAAAAUGGAGAGAAGGCAGACAUUGACAGAUGUGUGCUGGUUUUCUUUGUGAAGGCACCGAGGAAGCAGGAAGUGGCCACUAUGGACCCCGUUAUAUCACUGACAUGGGCAUUGGUGAUGAUGAUGAAGGAUUUGAAGAUGACUUAGAUCUGGAUAUUUCCUUUGAGGAGGUUAAACCACUUCCUGCUACCAAAGGAGGGAAUAAGAAAAUUUUGGUGGAAACCAAGAUGACCUCUAUAUCUAACCCAAAGGCCAUUUCCAUGCUUGCAGCCCCUACCUCAGCAUCUCUCCCUAAGACUACAGUGGCUCCCCACGCCACUCCCAUAGAGAGGAAGGGAAAAAGUGGUGUGGCUGUGAUGCCAAGGCUCUUUGACAUGUCUUGUGAUGAAACCAUCUGCGCUGCUGACAGCUUUUGUGUCAAUGACUACACCUGGGGGGGCUCACGAUGCCACUGCAACCUGGGCAAAGGUGGUAAAAGCUGCUCAGAAGAUAUUGUUAUACAGUAUCCUCAGUUCUUUGGCCAUUCCUUUGUAACCUUUGAACCUCUGAAGAACUCUUAUCAGGCAUUUCAAAUUACUCUUGAAUUUAGGGCAGAGGCGGAGGAUGGCUUACUGCUCUACUGCGGAGAGAAUGAACAUGGGCGGGGGGAUUUCAUGUCCCUGGCCAUCAUCCAGCGUGAACUCCAAUUCAGGUUUAAUUGUGGAACUGGGAUGGCCAUUCUCACAAGUGACACCAAAAUCAAAAUGGGGGGCUGGCACACGGUUACACUCUACAGAGAUGGGCUGAAUGGACUGCUGCAGCUGAACAAUGGCACCCCAGUGACAGGCCAGUCCCAGGGCCAGUACAGUAAAAUUACCUUCCGGACACCUCUCUAUCUUGGUGGGGCUCCCAGUGCUUACUGGUUGGUCAGAGCAACAGGAACAAACCGAGGCUUUCAAGGCUGUGUACAAUCACUCACAGUUAAUGGAAAGAGAAUCGACAUGAGGCCCUGGCCCUUGGGAAAAGCGCUUAAUGGGGCCGAUGUUGGGGAAUGCAGCAGCGGCAUCUGUGAUGAGGCCUUGUGCAUCAAUGGCGGCACCUGCACGGCAAUCAAAGCUGACUCGUACAUUUGCCUCUGUCCCCUGGGAUUUAAAGGUCGACACUGUGAAGACGCUUUUACCCUGGCUGUUCCUCAAUUCAGAGAGUCCCUGAGAUCCUAUGCGGCGACACCCUGGCCACUGGAGCCCCAGCAUUACCUCUCCUUCACAGAGUUUGAGAUCACCUUUCGGCCAGACUCGGGAGAUGGUGUCCUCCUGUACAGCUAUGACACCGGCAGCAAAGACUUCCUGUCCAUCAACAUGGCGGGGAGCCAUGUGGAGUUCCGUUUUGACUGUGGCUCUGGAACCGGAGUCCUCAGGAGUGAAGAUCCCCUCACCCUAGGCCAUUGGCACGAGCUUCGAGUAUCUCGCACAGCGAAAAAUGGAAUCUUGCAGGUGGAUAAACAGAAGGUAGUGGAGGGAAUGGCAGAGGGAGGCUUCACACAGAUUAAGUGCAACACAGACAUAUUUAUCGGUGGUGUCCCCAAUUACGAUGACGUGAAGAAGAAUUCGGGCAUCCUCAAGCCAUUUAGUGGGAGCAUCCAGAAGAUCAUCCUGAACGACCGGACCAUCCACGUGAAGCAUGACUUCAGAUCUGGUGUGAAUGUGGAGAAUGCGGCCCACCCCUGCGUAGGCGCCCCCUGUGUCCAUGGGGGCAGCUGCCGGCCCAGGAAGGAGGGCUAUGAGUGUGACUGCCCCUUGGGCUUCGAGGGGCUGCACUGCCAGAAGGCGAUCACAGAAGCCAUUGAGAUCCCGCAGUUUAUGGGCCGAAGUUACCUGAUUUAUGACAAUCCAGAUAUCCUCAAAAGGGUGUCUGGAUCAAGAUCAAAUGCAUUCAUGAGGUUUAAGACGACUGCUAAGGAUGGCCUAUUGAUGUGGAGGGGAGACAGCCCCAUGAGACCCAGCAGUGACUUCAUUUCCCUGGGGCUUCGGGAUGGAGCCCUGGUGUUCAGCUAUAACCUGGGCAGUGGUGCAGCAUCCAUCAUGGUGAACGGCUCCUUCCACGAUGGUCGGUGGCACCGAGUCAAGGCUGUUAGGGAUGGCCAAUCAGGAAAAAUAACUGUGGAUGACUAUGGGGCCAGAACAGGCAAGUCACCUGGCAUAAUGAGGCAGCUCAACAUCAAUGGAGCUCUGUACGUGGGUGGAAUGAAGGAAAUUGCUCUGCACACUAACAGGCAAUACAUGAGAGGCCUUGUGGGCUGUGUCUCUCAUUUCACCCUGUCCACCGAUUACCACAUUUCCCUUGUGGAAGAUGCCAUUGAUGGGAAAAACAUCAACACGUGUGGAUCCAAGUAACACCAGCUGGCCUUGCCCAAGGGACAGAGCCUUCUAUCCUGAGAGUCCCUGGGGCCUGGAGACCCUGCCUGAUGC